CUUGGGCCUAUACACUGCGGUCCUGAUACUAGGGCCUUUACAUUGUGGCACUUGAAGUGUGACCUUUUUGGGACCUUUUUGGGUCCUUUCCGGGUCUUUGUAUCGGUCCCUUAUAUUUGUUGUGGCUCUUUAAUCUUGUCCCUUUAUCUUGUCCCUUUAUCCUGUCCCUUUAUCUUGGCCCUUCAUCUUGUCCCUUUAUCUUUGCCCAGAUGGCCCCGGCCUCAAUGCGCGCUCUGUGCGGCGCCACUCGAGCAAGUAAGAAAAGAGACAAUGGCAGCGCGCCUUGGGCCACCCGGCCCCGCCACUACACGGCGCGGCCCCAGCCAACUUUUCUCGCCGGCCCCCAACUUUUCUCGCCGGUCCCCGACUUUUCUCGCCGCACCCCGAUUUUACGAAACCGCCAAAACCCCCCGGGCGACUCUCCAGGUCUGCGUCCUCUCCACCGCAAUCUCUCAGGAUGCCCUCGCUGGCCAGCAAGUGUGCCACGGGCGCCAGCCCGGCCGGCCCCAGGCGCCGUCCUGCACAAUGCGCCGUCUCGCCCCAGGCCGGCUCACCUCGCGCGGCCCUAGCGCCCGCCAACUACAUAGCACCAUCAUCCAGCAACGACGCUUUGUCUGAGCCUUUUCCACACGUUUUUCGGAACAAACAAACAAACA